GCCAACCUCCCGUCCCACCCACCCAGUCUUUUGUCGUGACCUUUCCUUCCUCCACCACUUGCCGAAAAAAAAUUCAUUACAUUGAUGCAAAUCGUAUAAUUCUUUCUUUCUUCCCCGCUUUUACCUUUUUCCCUUCCCAUCAAUCGCUCUGUUGCUGCCAUCCGGAGGGGGUGGUGGUAACUGCCCACUUUUCUCUCGACCGUCCGGAGCGGUUCGCGCUGCCCAAUUUCGCGUGAACUCCCCUCCAGAGGCCAUCCUGUCUCUCCCUUUCCAUGGCAUCCGUCUCCGUCCAUCCUCCAUCGCCCGUAGCAAUGUCACGGAGGGCACCGCUGACAACUCUACCGAACGCGGUAAACUCUCCAUACCAUAGCGUCACGGCCGCGGCAGCGAAACGUCAGCGAACACAACGUGACCUGUCGUACGGUCAAUCGACCACCGUCAACAAGGACCAAAUUGCCGAAAUCACCCUAAGAGCACCUGCUCGGGCCUCCAAUACCGAACCCAGGACUGCUCCAAUUCGCAAGAGGGCCCAUGGUCGGUCUACGGCGGGUGGUGACCCACCAGCCUUUAAUGGCGCUAGCCAUGCUCAAGCCCAGCGAAGGAGUGCUGGGAGAGGCACUGAGCAGAACAAUAUCGACAGCGUACGCGCUUGGCAGAGGCAUUAUAAGAAGGUGUUUCCGGAUUACGUUUUCUACUUCGAGAAUAUCCCUGAGGACGUCGCGCAGAAGUGUCAAAAACAACUCUCGCACCUUGGAGCGGUAUGUGUGUGACUUCUGUCCGUCAUCGGGGAUGGGACUCUCCAUGUUGGCACCCGCCUAGCUUUUUGCAAAUAUUGACGCGUUUAUAGAGGCUUGAAGUUUUCUUCUCCAGCUCGGUUACCCAUGUCGUUACAACAAGAGCGAUCCCUCCAGAGGGUGCUACCAUGGCACAAGCGGGCUCGAAAAGCCAGGCUACGACCAUCAAUCCCUCUUUGCUAGAUGGCGGCGUACCAAAGACGGAGUUUACCUUCAAGGCACCCACACCCAAUCGAAAGUAUUCAACUUCUAAAAAGUAAGUUGCUCGCUUGCUAUCCUGAUAUAUGUAUAUAUCCUAGAUACUGAUCUCGUCAUCCAGCUCUCAGGAAGACCCGCGUGGAAUAGCCAGGCAGGCUUAUUGCGAUAUAUUGCUGAAGGCUAGGGAAUACCGGAUGAAGAUAUGGGCUCUGGAGAAAUUUCAACGGAUGAUGAAUGUUAUGUUUGACGUGACAUCAACCACUGCCACCGCUACUCAAGCUCGGGAGAUCAGCCAUGCAACACACGUCGGCGCCCCCAACGUGGACCUCACUCAUGUGUUACGAAACGAGAGACUUCAUGGACCUACAGAUCGUGAUCCGAACGCGGCAACCACAGAUCUUGUUUACUUCAAGGGGCAUUUUAUAUAUGUUCAUGACAUGAUGGGCCUUAACCGCCCAAUCAUGGUUAGGGAGUACGCAAAGGUUGCGAAGCGUGAAUGUGGGAGCUGGCCGCAGUUUCGAAGCGUUAGUGGUGGGAAAUGUCCAUUCAUUGAGGAAGCCGUUCAUCAGAAAAGGGAGAAGGAGCGGGAGCGGCAGAUCGAGAAGAUGGAGCGCACAAGACAGAAAGAGCUCGAGAUAUUGAGGGGGCGGGCCGCGAAGUCUAAUGCUCGCGAGGAGUUGGUGAAAAAGGCUGACCGAAAUGCACUUGUUGAGAUGAACAACAGUGAGCGCCGGUUGAAUCGUAGUGGGGUUAUUGGCAAAGACGGAUUAUUCCAGGUUCCACCCAUUAUACCCGCUAAGCGCUCAAACGUCCACUCCACCAACGAAGUCGCCUUUACUUCCGCAUAUCCAGACAAGAACCGUUGUGGAGAACCAGUAGCUUCUGGAGUUCAACCAUCUAACAUUACUUCUGCCAUUCGCUCGCAGAUGAUUUCUUCUAUUGCCGAUCAACCUGGUCGACGGGCAGGAACUUCUAAAACUAUGAUUGAGCUUAACCGCAAAGUCCUUGUGGGAAAUAACAAAGGGGUUCCGGCUUCACAGCGUAUGAUGGAUUUGCCCCACGCUGCUGCGAAUAACCAGAACUUGGCUGGAGGAGGUAUAGAUAAAAGGCGAAGACCCGGCCUGGACCGGAGGACAGUGAUCCGAGAGGAUCGAAGUGAACAGGAGAGGAGGUUAAAGGCGAAAGCGAAGAGCAGUAAGGCUGCUCCUAAGAGAGAAUGUCGUCCUGGAUAUUGCGAGAAUUGCCGGGAGAAGUUUGAGGAUUUCGAGGAGGUAUGUUAAUUCUCGUGUUGGUUCGUUUGUAUAUCGCACGCCGUGCUGACACUUUUGAUCUCCAGCAUACCUUCUCUCGCCGUCAUCGCAAGUUCGCAGCCAAUGACGACAACUGGGCUGAGCUCGAUGAUCUACUCUCUGAGCUAAAGAGGCCGCUCAAGUCUUCUGCCAGACGUGGAUAAUAGUACCUUAUUCCCUACCUUGUGUGUCUGUAACUUAAUUCUUAGUGUCCUUGAUAUCAAUUGUAUGGUCACACUUUCCCCUGUAUUCACUUUUUUUUUCUUUUUUCUUCUUUUCUCACUUUUCUUUUUUGCCUGAACGCUCUACUGUUUAUUACUGUUUUCGGCUGCUUUCAAUAGCCCUUGUUUCCUAUAUCCCAAAUCCCAGGUUCUAUCAUUUUUUCUUCUUUUAAGCUUCUCUUCCCCCUUUUCUUCAUCCUCGCUUGUUUAACCCUGUAUUAAAUUCUGGUACUUUUGGAAUAGUGCUCGGCGAAAGUAGUCUAAAAAAACGGUGGGGGGGCAUCGUGGUUUCUGCAUUUAGCUAUUGGAUCGGUGGUUUUCACGCGGGUUGGUGUGCGGUCCUGGUUGUCUUUCCUUGUAGGUAUGAUAGCUGUUAUAAAAAUGGGGCUGUUAUGUAGUAUAUAUAUAUACUUUGAGCUCUCCUAGAGUUGCCUCGAUAUAUGACUCGUGUUCACCGGCAUAGUACUUUGUAUACCGGUGGCCACUAGAUUGGGAAGUCUUGGAUGGUUUAGCGUUGUGUAUUGGCCUACCCCCGACCUGGAGGAUUCAAAGAAUGGGAAAUACGGCGUUUACCGACAUGCAGGCGGUAAAGGAUGGAGGGGAUUGAAGCAGAAGGUGGAUCACGUUUGGCAGAAACUCCGGAAAAGCAAUUCAAUAUGCUCCGCGAGUUGGCAUUGAAUUAUGAAUUGUGGGGGUUUAGGGCGUUACUUCCUACGGUACUCGU